UGCGCAGAAGAAUGACGUUUGUUUUUUUUUCUGUUGUUUGCGUGUGUGUAUCUGUCGCAGAAUUUGCAAUAUCUACAACUCGUUUUAUUGAAGAAAAUGUGCAUUUAAUAUCUUUAUUAGUGUUAAUUUCCCCGUGUUGCUUAAUUGGUGAUAUUAUUUAGGUGUUUAAGAACAUUGAAGGCAAUAUGAAUGCCAUGGCCAUGGAUAAGGACGAGCCUUCGUCGCUCCUGAGUUUUUCGUCAAACAACCCAUUGGAACAGUUUGUGCUUUUGGCGAAGGGUGCCAAGGGUUCGGGGGCCGCAGAACUGAUUAAACAAGUGCUCGAAGCCCCAGGAGUGCACGUAUUUGGGGAGCUGUUGGAAGUACCGAACAUCUUAGAGCUUGAAAAUGGUCCAUACGCGACACACUUCAACACACUAAACCUAUUCGCCUACGGCACCUACAAAGACUACCUAGAUAACAAAUCAGACUACCUGGAGCUGACACCGGUGCAGUGCAAGAAGCUCCAACACCUGACUAUCGCUACCCUCGCUACGCAGGAGAAGCUGAUUCCGUACAGUGUUUUGUUGAAGGAACUUGAUAUUAAAAAUGUUAGGGAUUUGGAGGAUCUCAUUAUUGAAGCUAUUUACGCUGACAUCAUCCACGGCAAAUUAGACCAAGAAUGCAAACGCGUCGAAGUAGACGUGGCACUGGGCCGCGACGCCCGACUGGAGGACGCUUCCGCCAUCGCAGACGUCCUCGCCGACUGGUGUAACUCUUGUGAGGCAGUGCUCAGCUCCGUAGACCGCCAUAUUCAGCGAGCCAAUCAUCACAAGCAACGCGCCAUUAGACACCAGCAGACUAUUGAACAAGAGAUAAUGUUCCUCAAAAAGACCCUGAAGCCGCAGGCCGACACAGAAGACUCGGCGUCAGGCGCGGGCUGCGACAACCACUCAGCGCCCAAGAAGAGCUCCGGCAAGGGCAAGAUCCCUCGCAACGCGACCAAGUUCUGGCAGAAGAACACUUAGACUCCGCGAUAUCACUGGAGCAUUGUGCGUAGGACAGCUUGGUGCUGUCAUCAGAUACAUCAGAGCGGCCAUGGUGGUCAAAAAUAUCUGAACGUGCACUUCAACAUCUUCAUUAAUGGGCGUUUUGUUGUCUACCAAUUAUGGCUGGUAUGUACAAAAGUUUACGGUCAAUGUCAAAGUCUACACAUUUUGUUAGCGUUUCAUAGGUCUGUGAUUUUGUCAGGAAAAUGACAAAUUAGACGCAACUGGGGCCCACAGGUUACCAGUUCGCCGGAUAAGAUCAGCCUGUCAGUUGUUCGGAACUAUCACUCUUUGCAAUUAACUGACAGGCUGAUAAAAUGCUGAUAUUACGCCGGCGAACUGGUAAUCUGUGGGCCCCUUUAAACGUAACUUAAGUGGCGCUUGAAAAUUAAAAUGUCUUAAUAAAGAUUUUGUUCAGAUUUUUGUGGACACCUUGGCCGCUCCGAUAUAUCUAAUAAUAGCGACUGUACAAUUUUAACAGUAAAACUCAUUGAACUGAGAUGACAGCUGUCAUAUGCACAGUGCUGCAGUAAGUAAAUAGGCGGGUCCACACAGAACGAGCCGCCUCGCGAGGAAAUGCCGCGCGAAGCAGAGGGCCUACCGCGAAAUCCGAAAUUCGCAAAUUGCGGGGAUCUUUCUCUUUUACACCAAUGAAGGCGUAAUAAGAGUGACAGAGAAAGAAGCCCGCGAUUUGCGAACGUCCAUUUUCAUGGUUAUAGCCCAGCUCGGUCAGUGGAGACGUGC